AUGGGCUGGUGGCCAUUCUCAUCAUCCUCCCGCAGCGACGAGAUCCGCUCCGGCACCGCCAUUCCCACACGCCAGGAACGAGCCGUCUGCUGGGCCGCCCGCGACGCAUACUUUGCCUGUCUCGAUGCGCAUGACAUCCUCGACGCCAACAAGGACGCCGCGGCGGCGAAGAAGGCGUGUCCCCGGCAGAGCGACGAUUUUGAGCGCGACUGCGCUGCUGCCUGGGUCAAGUACUUUAAGCAGUGGCGGGUAGCGGAUAUCCAGAAGAAGAGGAGGCUGGAUGAGUUGAGGAAGCAGGGCGCACAGGAGAUGGAGGUUUCUACGACGUUUGCGCCGGAUGGUGGCGCGGCAGCGAAGGGAACGGGAAAGGAGGAUAUCCAGGAUAUGUUGGAGCGGAAGAAGGGGAGGUGA